GGGCGCUGAGCGCAAUUGACGUCGACACUUGGUCCAUCAAACAACCACAUUUUCAUCGGCCAACAGAGGGGACAUGCAUCUGAAAUCUGCACACUGUUAGAUGUGUAAACUCUCACUGCGCAUGACAGUAGUAGACUGGGCUUUUCUGCUACAAUAUUUUUCUUUGUUCCCAGGUCGAAACUCACGUGGAAAUUUGGAUGCUUCACUGCGACGCGUUCGUUAGCUUGCAUUUUGGACGCGGCCAGCCUCCAACACACACAAAAGAAGGCGUCAUCGUCGUCUUAAAGCGACAUUGAGAGGCCCAGCAUUGAUCUUACACUCUCACCAGAUCAAGGCUACGACGACAUUUUCAACCAGUCGGGAAAUCGGACUCCUUUUAAUAGGGUCAAUCUUUUGCGUAGCUAGCUGGUCUGAUUUAGGCUCUGGCGCUGCUUUCGCGCAGCACAGCACCUGCUCCAUUGGCCAGCCGUUAUGGCUUCGGCAACUCAGUCUCCCAUAGCGGAGCAAAUCCGUCAGCUUAAUGACGCUCGCAAGCAUGUGCUCCUCGACGUCAAGGUCUAUUCGUCCAUCGUGCAGGGGAUCCUACCCAUAAUAGGUUCCAAGUCGGCACCAGAACUUAGGAGAUGGGGUGCCGACUUUCUUGCCGAGUCGUUCGCAACACCGUCGCUGCAGUCCCGUGACAAGGAGACAAUGAGCCUCAUGGUCUUGGAGACGCUGAGGGCCUGGGUUGAGAACCCAAGCGAGGACGCGUAUGUCGUGAGGAGCGCUAUUCAGACCGCAGCUAGUAUCUAUCCUCUAGUAGUUCGAUGGAUUAUCAACAACUCGUACGACACCACAACGUGGGAGCGCAUAACUGCCAUCAAGUCGAGGAUCUUUCAGCUAUGGAGUGGAGAGAUUCCGGGCGUCAAGAUCUGCUGCAUCAAAUUUGCUCAGCGCGUUGUGCUUGCCCAGACCGUGUCCAUCAAUGGCGAGUUCAAACGUGAUGGUCUUGACAUUUCUCUGUCAAAUAUCCCACAGGGCCACCCGGUUCUUGACCCCAGGAAUCUGGAAGCGGAGGCUAUUGGACUUCUGGACAGAAUGCUUGGGGUCUUACAAGAUAACAGCAGCGACGCACUCGUUGUCGAUGCUACCCUGAACUGUGUUGCGAUCCUGAUCCGUACGAGGCCGGCAACCUCGAAUCGGAUCCUUAAUGCGGUCUUGAACUUCAACCCCCUGAAGCUAGCAAACUCACCUAUGACACCCAAAACCCGUGUUCUUGUCAAGUCGAUGGAAAAGACAACGAGAAUGUUGCUUAUGCAUCUCAUACGACGUGAUCCACAAAACCCAAUGAACCCUCGCAUCCAGCAACAUAUUGAACGACUUGCCCGUUCGCGCGCCGACAUAUUCGACGACAAUGCUGGCCGAAAACGGGCCUUGGCUGAGCAGCAGGCCGCUGCCUUGGGAGAUGCCAAGCGGCAGAGGCUCGCAUCAGGCGCCGUCGUUGUUCCUCUGCAGGAGAUUCCGCCAUUGCCACCGGGUCCAACCACUUUGGCUGCUAUUUUCACACUCACAAACACGCCUGGCCUCCAGUCAUUCGACGUUUCUGUGGUUCCUGCUGAGUUAACUGCAAAGAUCUGUGUCUCAACGCUGGCUAGGAUAGACCAACAGCUGCUAGAUCGGGGUAUCAAUGGUGUGCGGGAUCGGUUGAAAACCCUCGAAGCGGCUGCAGCGCAACCUGUACUUAUAAAUCCCGCUACAGCUCCAUUGGGAGUUGACGAUGACGAUGACGACGACUACGAGCCUGACUACUAUGCCGCAGAGGAUGCAGAGCAAAUACUCAACAAACAGGACGGUCCUUCCCGCCAAGAAGAGGCCGAGAAGAUGGAGGCUGCGUCCUUGGCUCUUGGGGCAUACAAGCUGCCUCCUCCGCCAGUCUUGCGACCCGAAGAAGCCUCAAACGCUGGUCGGGGAAUUGUCACAAAUGUCUUGGGAAUGACCAAGCAGCUUGAAGAGUCCGGUUCCAAGAGGUCCAAGGCAGGAAUUAACAGACUUGCAGCCAGCUUAUACGAUCGUGAAUCUUGGAUCACUGUGAUUACUCGAUUGGCUACCCGGUCUUCAUCUGCGCUAGAGAAGACCACGAUCAAGGAGGAGGACGGUACACCGCAGAUACUUGGUGACAAAGUACGCGAGGCCCUCUACAAUUACGUGCUAGAGGACUUCCGAAAAAGGAUCGAUGUAGCCAUCUCAUGGCUGUCAGAAGAAUGGUACAACGACCAGCUGCAGAAGAGGAUGGCAAGCGACGCGCCUCUUCACUACGACAAGGUUGCAUUGCGACUGGUGGAUGGCAUAACCCCAUACUUGCAUGCACAAGACAAGGUGCUGACACGGUUCCUGGGUGAAAUACCUGAGGUGAACCCGGCGAUUCUAAAGCGCGUUGAGGGUAUGUGUAGAGACCCAUCGUUGGCAAGUCUGGCCUUGACGAGUCUGGUGUACUUGGUCAUGAUGAGGCCGCCAGCCAGGGAGAUGGCACUAGAUGCGAUGCAGGGUAUCUGGACGGAGUACGAGGAAGCUCGACCACUAGCAGCCAAAUUUCUAACGCGAUGGAGAAAGGCGUUCUUGGAGGCCAACAGCGGAGCUGGACAAGCUGGCCAGUCAGUGGCGCCAACAGCGGUUCUUGCCAGUUAGUGGGUGUGUUUUUACUCUCUCAAUAUCUCUCUUCCUUUUCUGGAAUAUCAACAAGGCAUCUUGGGCCAGCAGGCUACAGUUAUACACUUUUCUAAUGGCGUGUAUGAUACAUCAUUUUGCUUUGCUAAGAUAACGAUCGUUUUUGGAAGGGGGCGUGUGAGAGGUUACGAUCAGGUAGCCAAUGAUAUAGGCAAAAGAACAGCUCAGGCAACUCUGGCAACUAAGGAUGGUUGUGAAUAAAAUAAGCUGUGUACAGUGAAAGUUUACAGAGUCAACGACAUCGGUUAGUGUGUCUGUGACAUCUUGAUUAUAUCUCGUCCUUGCCCCCAAGGUUUGAUCCAUGUCAUUCAUUGUACUUGCGAGUAUACACGCAGUAUGCAAUUUUCG